AUGAAGUCAAUCUUAAAAGAAAUACCGGCGGCAUCUGUUUUAUCUACAUUUGUAAAAGAACAGGAUAAUUUACCUAACAGCACACGUAAUCCAACCAACUCUCCAAGAGGAAGCAACCAAGUACACUCGGAAAGCAAAGUCCUUAUGAAAUCGAUACAUAGUAAUAUUCUCGAAAGACCAGUGAAUGUUGCCAACUUCAACUUAACCAAAAAUCCUAUUCAAAAUGUAGACAAAUCUGGUUGUAAUAUCUUGCAUACUUUCAAUGCACCAAAUAUCUCUAAUACGGUAGAAAAUGGUUCAUAUCCACGAAUUACAGCCGCUAGUACAUUUAUUCCCACAUUUCAUGCAUUAUCCGAAGUGCAAGACAAUUUGAAGGAAAAAGAUACAACAGAUAAUAGAAAUGAACUGAAGGAAAUGCUAAUGGAUGAACAUGAAUUAGACCAACUACUCUUGCUGGCUGAAAAAAUGAAACAAACAUCGCCUAUGCCUGGUUUGGAGAAUGAUCUAAAUCUAGUGCAAAGUGUUGCAAAGACAAACGUUGCCAGACAAAAUCAAAUUCUAAAUGAAGAUACGAUAAAAAUUGAAAUUAAGACAGAAUCACUUGACGCAGACUUGUAUAACAAUUUGCGUUUAAUGCAGGAGACCGAAGCCGCUAUCACUCAAAGUAAAGGUAACAAUUACUGCCCAGAGAAAGAUAAAGCCAUCGCUGUCUCCAUUUUGCCAUCAGACGUGAACUAUGUCAAACCAAAAGUUGAAAAUGUUGAUUGUGUAGAAUUGAAACCUGAAAAUCUUGAUGCAAAUGAAAAUCAAGAGUUGUCAAGACAAAAUUUAAUUUCACUAGAGAAUAUUGUACGCUUAACGAAAGAGAAAAGCAGUGAACGGGUAGUAGCGCCUAUUUCUAGUAAUAUAGCUAUAACAACAGACCCGAAAGAGAACAAUGAAAAUGAUUCUAAGAUUUUACUUGCUCCUGAAGACAAUAAAACUACAGAUACUCAAAACUUGAUUACUAAUUCUAAUAUUUCUGUAUCACAAAGUGUUCAAAGAAAUACAAACGACAAUUUUAGGGAAGAGAAAGGUAUAUCACAAACGAGCAAUAUUCAUAACAAAUCAACGGCUAAACAAGAAUUGAUAAAUUUAAUUAAUGAUAGUGAUAAUGAUAACUAUGAAGUGGAAACUUUGGACGAAGGCUUACUAGAAUGUGAAGAUUUUUUACGAAAUGGUGGAAAAACAGAAAAUGACCAAGAAGUUAUAGAAAUCUUCGAUGAUUCAGAGUUAUCAGACGUUGAUCCUGAAAUUCGCGAUACUGUGCAGGAUGCAAUCAAAUGUUCAGGUUUAAAAAAAACAUUUCACUGCCCAAAAUGCAAGCUCCCAUUUUGCUCAUAUACAUCCAUAAGUCGACACAUCAUCUCAGACCAUAAACAACGGUUCUGUUACUGCAAGAUUUGCAAUCCUAUUAAAGAGACAUCUAAUAAAAUAUCGCUCAUCUCUAUUUUACAACAUAAAAGGAAUGCUAUGAAAAAUCAAACCCAGAAUUAUAUAUUUUAUUGUGAGUUGUGCCAAGAAAGGUUCAACAAUGUUAUAAGUUUUAAUAGACAUAAAACUUACUGUACGAUAUGCGUAGAACAUGCAAAAAACAGAUACUCAAAACAAUAUUUCAACACGAGGAAACACCCUCGAAAACAACUAUUUUAUUGUGAGGUGUGCCAAGAAAGGUUCAACAAUUUCAUAAGUUUUAAUAGACAUAAAGUUGACUGUACUAUGAAAGUACAACAUACAAAAAACAGAUGCAAAAAACAAUAUUUCAAUACAAAGAAACACCCUCGAAUACAAUCGAGUGAUCUUAAAGAUGAUGAUGGUAAAAACGUAAUUAAAAGCGUUUGUACAAGUGUUGAUUCCGCACGAAGACUGGAUGAUGAGCCAUUCGGUAAAAAAUACCAAUGUACAUUUUGUGGGAAUAUAUAUGCGACUCUACAAACGCGGUUGAGACAUGAAGCGGGAUAUUGCAGAAAAAACAUAGAUGUAACCAAAGCAAUGAAUUUAUAUCCAUGCGAGAAGUGUAAUAAACAAUUCACGUCAACAAUAACUCGAAGUUUCCACAUGAAAAUGUAUUGCUACGAUAAAAACCAAGAAAUGAAAUUUGAAUGUACAAAAUGUGACAAAAAAUUCCCAUUCGGUCAUAUGCUGCAGCAUCAUUUUGCGCUUCGGCACGUUCACGCUUAUUAUUGUGAUUACUGCCAAAGAUCUUUCAGUGAUAAACACCACUUAACAAGACACAUCAUAGGACACAUGGGAAUGAAACCAUUUAAGUGCAAUAUUUGCAGUCAAAAGUUUUCUCGAAAAUGCAAAUUGCAGUUACAUCUACAACGGCAUACAAAUAAAAAAGAUUACGAUUGCAAAAUUUGUAAUAAGAAGUUUAUGUUCGCGAAUCUCUUGAAAAAACACAUGAAUUUCAAUUGCAGUGAAGAAAAUAUAAAAGCGUAUCCUUUUCUUUGUGACGUUUGCAAGAAAAGAUAUAAAGAUAAAAAGCAUAUUGAAAAACAUAUGUUAAACAUGCAUGUGAAGAAGUUUCCUUGUAAUAUUUGCGACAAAGUAUUCGGGCAGAAGUUUAAAUUAAAUAUGCACCUCGUGACGCAUGGAAAAAAAUACUGUUGCAAUGUUUGCAAGAAGAAUUUUCUUACAAAAUCUCGUUUUAUACGUCACAAAGCUAGUCAUUGUGAUUAUUUAUGCGAAUGUGGACAAAAAUUCAAUCUGCGUUAUGACUACUAUAAACAUAGAACAUAUUGGUGUGCCAAGACAGCCGGAAAGCCAAUUGAUGAAAUCGUAAAAAGUGAUGCUAUACUUUCCAAAAAUAAAAAGAAAAGUACACAAGCUGAAUCCGUAAAAGCUAAGAGAAAACAUGGCUCUGUAAAAAAGAUACGAAAGCUACAAGAGGGUGAAGUUGACAGUGAUAAAAAUAAUAAAAUUGAGGAUGGAAAGAAGCACGUUUGCGAUGAUGAUACGAAUAAUGCCGGACUAGACAAUGCCGAUAGAAAGGAUAACUGUUGUCUACAGAAAUUUGUUACAGCGAAACUAGAAAAUAAUAGUUCUGAUAUGGAAAUUAAUCGAGAUAUUAGAAAAAUAUUGAGAAAACGAAAAAAUUACGACAAUUCGUCACAAGAUAUAUCUAACAUAGCUGCAAUAACAAAUGAUCAUUACGAAACAUCUCUACGCAGUUGCAGAGGUUCAAGGCGUGAUGAGACCUCU